AUGGAACAACAAAAAAAGUUGUCAAAACUGUUAUCAAACUUUUUAAGAGUUUUACUUCGAAUUCAUUUGGCUCCCAAAAGAGAAGCACGAUCACAAAACCUACCAUUCGAUCGUAUUGGUAUUAUCAACAAAAACCGAAAUGGAAAAAGAGCCCUUUUUAAGAAUGAAGAAAGAAGACUAAAAAAGUAUGCUAGAAAAGCUGAAGUUGAUAAAAUAAAUGGUCACAAGUGGAUUAGGAAAUCCGAAAGUUGCCAAUUCAGAAUAAAUACGUAUAAAAACAGGAGAGAGGAUACAAAAAAAGAUGCCCGAGAAGAACUUGAGGCUCCGGAUGUCGAGCUAGAAAUCAUGGCGGAUAGUAAUAUUUCAGCUGAGAAAAGACUGAUAGAAAUUGAGGAUGGUAAUAUUAAUGAUGACGAAACAGCUGAUACGUCCAGAAGACAGAUAAAAUCUUUGGUAGCUGUGGUACGAAAUGUAAUGUUCAAGAAUUUCGGGAAAACAAUCAACGAAAAGCAUAUACGAGCCAUAUGUUGUACUGAUAUUCAACCUAAUGAGCUAGAAACAUGCACCCUUAUUGUCAAUUUCAUAAUGCCAUAUAUACCAGAAAAAAAGAACUGGAGAGUCUUGCCGUAUCAAUUGCCGAUGGUUUUAAAGACGAAUGAAAUUUUCCAUUGA